AUGACCUUCCUCACUGAUCAAGGGGUGUACUUCUAUAAGGUCAUGCCGUUCGGGUUGAAAAACGCCGGGGCCACAUAUCAGAGAACGGUGAAUAAGAUGUUCGCCCAUCAGAUCGAAAGGAACAUGGAGGUUUACGUGAACGACAUGAUUGUGAAGAGCCAAGAGGCCGGAGCGCACCUUGCCGACCUAACCAAGGCAUUCGCCACGCUACGCAAGUUCAGUAUGCGACUUAACCUCACAAAAUGGGCCUUCGGCGUCACCUCCGAGAAAUUCCUCGGGUUCAUCAUACACGAAAGAGGAAUUGACGCCAACCCGGAGAAGGUUCAGUGGACGACGGAGUGCGAGGAAGCUUUCAAACAAACAAAGCAGCACCUGGCCAACCUCCCCCAACUCGCCUAUGUUUCUCCCGGGGAGAAGCUGGGCCUCUACCUAGCGGCCUCCCCACAUGCAGUCAGUUUCAUCCUAAUCAAAGAAAGCUCCGGCGAACAACUUCCGAUCUACUACGUCAGCCACGUCCUGAGUGGACCCGAGGAGCGUUACCCGCCGAUAGAGAAACUCGCACUCGCCCUGGUGCUGUCAGCUCAGAAGUUGUGCCCCUACUUCCAGGCCCACCCGGUGGAGGUCAUUACCGACCAGCCUCUUCGACAGGUCCUAUCUAAAUUUGAUGUUGCAGGGCGGCUCCUCAAAUGGGCAGUGGAGCUCGGCGAACAUGAUAUAAGAUACGUGCCCAGGACCGCCAUCAAGGCUCAGGCGGUAGCCGACUUCAUCGCGGAGCUAACUCAGAUGGAAGACAGGGAUCCCGUGCAACCUCCCGAAGCUUGGAUCCUACACGUGGACGGCUCGGCCAGCUCAAACGAUGCCGGCGUAGGGCUGGUUCUGCUCGCCCCUGACGGACGCUCGUUUGAGCGUUCCCUCCGCUUCGGGUUUAAAGCCACUAACAACGAAGCGGAGUACGAGGCACUCCUAGCAGGACUCAAGCUGGCCCUCGAGAUGCAGGUGGCUGCCAUACACGUCCUCACCGACCCGCAACUUAUGGCCGAGCAGCUCAGCGGUGGAUACGAAGCUCGGGACCCAACCAUGGCGAAAUACCUGGCACGGGUAAGGGACCUGACUGCCAAGUUCCCUUAUUUUAUGUUAUCUAAUGUUCCGAGGGAGGAGAACGAGCGAGCCGACGCGCUAGCUAAGCUGGUGUCAAAACCAACCCCCGAAGCAUGGCCGGAGGUUGAGGAGCUUAAUGCCCGCGUCGUCGAAGUAGCGGCUACGGCCCCUGGCAACGCGCCGAUCACAUGGGUACAAGAGCUGCUACGCUUCAAGCGGGAUGAGACCCUUCCCCACGACAAAGUUGCAGCUCGGCGCCUGCGUCGUACACACGCAUGGUACACCGAGGAGAGUGGGCGGAUUUAUAGGCGGUCCUUCACCUAUCCCCUCCUACGAUGCUUGGAGCCCGACGAAGCCCAGACGGUCCUGGCAGAGACCCACGAGGGAGUCUGCGGAGAACACAUCGGCGGGCGAACCUUGGCACACAAAAUACUCCGCCAAGGUUACUACUGGCCGACCAUGUGCCGGGACGCGAAAGCUUACGUGCAACGUUGCGGUUCGUGCCAAGAACACGCUCGCACAACCCGACAGCCCGCGGUCCCGCUCAACCUCAUCGAUUGCGCGUGGCCAUUCGCGCAGUGGGGUUUGGACCUGCUUGGACAUUUCCCACCGGCUUCGGGGCAGCAGAAGUACAUCAUCAUAGGAGUGGAUUAUUUCAUAAAGUGGGUCGAGGCCGAGCCGUUGGCGACAAUCACGGAACAUCAAAUGGAGAAGUUCGUGUGGAGAAACCUAGUGACUCGGUUCGAGUUGCUCAAAACCAUUAUUACGGAUAACGGACGUCAGUUCGCCGGUAGAAGGUUCCGGGAGUUCUGUGUCAGUCAUGGCAUCCAGCUAAGGUUCAGCUCGGUGGCCCACCCUCAGACGAACGGGCUGGCGGAAGUAACCAAUCGGUCCAUCUUGGACGGACUCAAAAGAAGAGUGUCCGCAGCCCGAUCGGCCUGGACGGACGAACUCCCUAGCGUACUAUGGUCACUGCGCACCACUCCCAAGACCGCGACUGGAGAGUCCCCGUACAGCCUGACGUUCGGAACCGAAGCUGUCUUGCCACCCGAGGCGGCUAUCGCCACCCAUCGGACAAGGAGCUAUGACGAGGAAGUCUCGAACGAGGGAUUUCGUGCCAGCCUCGACGUGCUCGAGCAGCGACGCGUCGACGCACACCUGAAGGCCCUCUCUUACAAGAGAGUCGUCGCAAGGGUCUACAACAGAAAGGUACGACCCCGACCGAUUAAGUUAGGCGACCUGGUCCUACGAAAGGCCGAGGUCAGUGACCCGACCCGAGCAAGGGGGAAGCUGGCCCCCAAGUGGGAGGGACCUUAUCGGGUCGUCGAGGUAGUCCGACCGGGUACUUACCGGCUCACGAUAACGAACGAUUCUCCCUUACCGAGAACCUGGAAUGUCUGGAACCUUAAGAAGUUUUUUGUCUGA